AUGUUAUCUACAAUAGUGCUAUGUGCCUAUAUAGUACGAGUGUGCGGAAGAGAUGAUGUGAAGCACAUAGGGACUCACAAAUUUAGGUUUAACGAUGAAAUUCUAGAAGUGAACCAGAACGUAAUAAAUCACACACGAGUUCCGAGCCAGCAGCCAAAACAAAAGGUUAACUUGGAAAAGGCGAACGAGCUAUUUAAAAAAUCGGUCUACACGAAGACAUACAUAUGCGACCCGGAUGGAAUCCUAUCGGAACUUGAGCAGGAAAAGAUAAACCAGAAGCUAAUUAAGUCAAUAAACAGAAUAUUCGCGGCACUGUCUCACAAUAUUCUGGUGGAAACGGGAAAUCAGAAACAGCAAUCGCAAGUAUCAUUUGGGGGAGAACUGUUGAAGAAGUAUUCGGAAUCAUCCCAUUCGGAGUACAAAGACUCAAUACUGAUAAGUUACGUCGAGGAGUUUCAAACACUGAAAAUAAUAGUCGGAGGUAUAAAUAUUAAAACGAAUAUUCACGAAAAACAGGAAUUUAUAACGCAACUGGAGGAUGAAUUUAAUAAAAACCAGAAGGAAACGUAUCAAUCGCUUGAAAAGGUAAUAGAGGAGCUGAAUACACAGCUAAAAAGAAGCAGCAAAAGUGAGCUACUAGCUAUUGUAAUAUGGCAUAAAUUAAAGGAAUAA